CUGUCAUCUAUGACUCAAUAACAGUCAGUGUCCUUAUUUCUAGGUCACAAUGCAGCCUGUACAAAUACUUUAACAGACCAAUUAUUUAACUCUGCUGUCAGGAACUAGACUCUGACCCCAGAGCAGAGCCGCACCCUUGUUUAUGAUAGGCGGGCAAACAUCCUGCUCACGCGUGUGACAGCCCGCUUAGCCAAUCAACUUCUUCUACAGGCGUGUAGGCGGGACUUCCCGUACAGCAGGCGAGUAGUCCAACAUGGCGGUUAUGUCGCUCGCUUGAGUGUGUCGUGGAAACUGCGAAAGUUUAGUCAAUUACGGUCCAUUUCAGUGACAGAGAGAAGAUUAAAAAAAAGUACGUGCGUAUACUGCGUACAUCGGCUUCGGGAAAUGAAGGGGAAAGAGCGGUCGCCGGUGAAGAAACGCUCUCGGGCGCCAGAUGACGGCCGAGGAGGAAGCCACCCGGCCAGCAAGAAGAGCGGAGCGCUGUCGACGGUCGGCAGCAACAACGGCAACGGCGCCGCUCACAGCGGGGCUUCGUCCAGGAGAAGUUUACACAGCGAGAAGAGAGACAUGAGGGAUCCAGACGGACAUAAUUCAUCCAGUCGGACUAGUAGCGGCUACGACUACCAAGGUGUCCCGGGCAAACAGCCGUACGGAGGCGCUGACAUCGACGCGGAAACAUCCAGGUCCGGUUCACGCAGCGACCCGCGGCCUCCGUCAAACCCUGAAAACGAGUACAAGACUCUCAAGAUAAGUGAACUGGGCAACCAGCUGAACGACGAGGAGAUAGAGGAUGGAUUGUUUCACGAGUUUAAGAGAUUUGGGGACGUCAGUGUGAAAAUAACUCGAGAAAACGACAACAGGGUGGCGUAUGUGAACUUCAGGAGGCCGGAUGACGCUCGCUCCGCCAAACACGCCCGCGGGAAGCUCGUGUUGUACGACCGGCCUCUGAAGAUAGAGACCGUGUACACGAACAGACUCCCGAGCCGCUCCCCGGUUUUAAAAGACAAUUUCUCCCCAGCAGCCAGACAUCUCCACUCUCAGAGGCCCCUUUCUCCCACCGGGAUGGGGUAUCGAGACUACCGGCUGCAGCAGCUGGCCAUGGGCCGGCUCGCCCACCCUCCUCCCGCUCCUCCGCCUCUGCCUCCACCCCCUCACAUCAGAGACCUGGAAAGAGACAGAGAUUUUUCAGUGUACGAUGCCAGGAAUAGACCUCCGUUUAUCCCUGAAUGUGCUGUUUUCCGCGAGGAGGACCUGAUGACUCCUGAGGAUGACCAGAGGGCAAACAGGACUUUGUUUCUGGGCAAUCUGGACAUCGGUGUGACGGAGAGUGACCUGAGAAGGGCGUUCGACAGGUUCGGGAUGAUCACAGAAGUGGAUAUAAAGCGGGCAGUGCGAGGCCAGAGCAACACCUAUGGAUUCAUGAAGUUUGAGAAUCUUGACAUGGCUCAUCGUGCAAAAGUAGCGAUGUCAGGGAAAGUGGUGGGCCACAACCCAAUUAAAAUUGGGUAUGGUAAACCAACACCCACAACAAGGCUGUGGGUGGGGGGCCUUGGACCCUGGGUUCCACUCGCUGCACUAGCCAAGGAGUUUGACCGCUUUGGUACCAUCAGGACUAUAGACUACAGAAAAGGUGAAGUGUGGGCGUACAUCCAGUAUGAAAGUUUGGAUGCUGCUCAGGCUGCAUGUUCUCACAUGAGAGGCUUUCCUCUCGGUGGCCCCGACAGGAGACUGAGAGUGGACUUUGCCGAUACAGAGCAGCACUACAAGCACCAGCAGUACGUGCAGCUCCCACUUCCCCUGCCACACUAUGACUUUGUUCCGGAGCCCUUUGCCCACCGCCUGACGGACUCGGGGAGAGGGAGGGAAAGGUCCCCUCCGCUUCCUGCUCGCUUCAGAGACAGGGGCCCGUACGCCAGUGCUGAGUGGUCUGGCGUGGGGGUCCACGAUAGAAUGCGAGGAGCAGGCUUCGACCCGAUGGAUCGUCUCGAGAGGCGUUCCCAUGAGACCUGGUCAAUAGACCGUGAUUUACAAGGCAGAGAUUUAAACCGUAAAAGGAGACAUUUGGACGAUGGAAGUCGGCCGGAUCAUUCGCCCGACAAAAUCGACUUUGGUCUGCGCCGCCACGGCAACUCAUUAGAGCGCAGCCCUGGAGGGAAUAGCCACAGCCACAGUGACCCCGAACGUCUGACUCGUGCGGUCAGAACCUCCCCUGUCAGAGAGCGCCCGAACACUGGCUCUGGAGACAAGAGAAGAAAAACACUCACCCCACCUGCGACAGGCGCCUGCGCUGAGAAGGACCGCACCGUCAAAGCGAUGGACUCGUCCAAGAGCCCAGCGAAGAAGGAGGACCGCUUGGAACGCCCCCCCCCCUCUCAUGCCGCCAAGUCUGGACAGCAGUCCAAGCCGGCGGCGGGCGGAGAGAAGCUGAGUCCGGUCUGGCAGGGUGUCCUCCUGCUGAAGAACAGCAGCUUCCCCACAUCGCUGCACCUGCUGGAGGGGGACCUGGCGGUGGCGACCAGUCUGCUGCCGCAGGGCUCCGCAGGAGGCCACGCGUCCCAGCUGAAGAUCAGCCAGCGCCUGCGCCUGGACCAAGCCAAAAAAGAUGAAGUUUCACGUCGCAUCAAAGCUGCCAGCUCCAGCGGAUACGCCAUCCUUCUGGCCGUGCCCGGGAAGUGCGAAGACGAAGGGCUCCAGGACGCCAGCAGCUCGGCCGAGAAACCUCUCAAGUAUCUGGUCUCCUACCUGAAGCAGAAGGAGGCCGCCGGCAUCAUCGGCCUCCCUGUGGGGGGGGGCCGUGACAAGGACCCCGGAGGAGUCCUUCACGCCUUCCCUCCAUGUGAAUUCUCCCAGCAGUUUGUUGGUGCUUCGGCCAAAGCGUUCGCCAAGUCAGAGGAUGACUACAUGGUGAUGGUCAUUAUCAGAGGAGCGCCAUCAUAAGAAUAACGAAAUAUUCUCAAUGUCUCUUUUCACACUCAUGAACUGUUACACUGAGAGUUGUAAAAACAGGGAGAAGUAAUGACAACAGAGUAACAGGAAAUUGUGAUUCAUGAUAACUUUAUAUUCCCAUACCUGCAUGGUAGCUUGUAUCUCAUCCUGUGAAUUGUUUAUAGAAAUGAAAAUCACGUUAAAUUUAAAAAGGUUUUGAUAAAUUGAUACAUUUCAUUAAUAAUUCGGGUGAGAUGCUGCGUUCUGCUAUUUAGUUAACAGAUUAAUGUACUUGAAAGAUGUAUUUCUAAAGUAAUUCAGAGCAAGCUACAGUGUUGUGAAUCAAUGCUAUAUUUUGCCUUCUCUCAUUUAAAAAUGCAAUGAGUAUUUUUGCUUUAAUUUAAUCUGUUUUCAGCAUAGAUUCAACGGCUAGUGUCGACACAUUUGCAGUGCUAUGUUUGUACAGUUAGCCUUUGAAAAUUAAACCAAACGCGUGCAUAUGUUUUAGGAUGUAUAUCCAUUUGCUCUAAAGCUUUACCUUUUGCUCAUGAAUAGGAUUACUCCAGAUGUGCAUCUGUAUUACUUUUUUCUGACCAAGUAAACAUUUUUGAUUUAAAGUGUCAUUAUAUAACAGCUUUUCUAUUGUUGUCAUUUUAGGCCAGUCCUGCUUAAAGCUAAAGAAAAUUGUGGAAAUGCAUUCUGUUAAAUCGUAGGGCAUUAACGGUUUGAGAGAAAUAGAUGACAUUAACAUAAAUGCUCCUGUCUGAGCCACAUCUGGAGGUUUAUGUGAUGUAAGGUCACUCAGCAUUGGUAGAAGUUUGGAGGGGUGGACACAAGCAGCGAUCGCCUGUACAUCACGAUGUCGGUCAACACGAUGACCUUGGAAAGAGCGGUACUCUUAAGAAGCUACUUAUGUUAGUUUUAAUAUGCAUUUUAUUUCGAGAGACAAUUUUAAGCUCCAUGUUUAAUUUUGACCCCCAAGGUGUGCAUUGUAGCAUAAACAAAUAGUUAGGGUUAAAACUGAUGAAUAUUUUAAUUAUUGAUUUAAGCAACCGGUUAUUUUCUUGGUUAAAUAAAUAAUGAUUUGCUCUGCAGUAGAAUAGAAAAAAGGGAACAAUUGUACUGUUUUUUUAUGUCAUCAAAAUAGCAUUUUCUUUUGUCCUAUCAACUGUCAAAACCAAAGAAGAGAACAAAGAUAUAUCAACAUAGAACUGAUUGAUUAAACAACUUUUAUAUUUUUAGUCGAGAAAGUAUUUAUCAGUUGACUAAUCAAGCUGGGUAAUAUAUUGAUCUGAUCACAUCACCCAGGUUUGCUUUUGCGUCCACCCCUUUCAUAUUGUACUUUUAUUGGCAUCGAAUUUGAUUUACAACAGUCACCGGUUGAUCCAAGUCUUCACUAUUCUUAUGUUUGAAUCCAGUGAUUACAUUGACUAGUCCAGCAAAGCAUGUACUGUUUUAGAAAAAGAAGAUAUAACCUCUAAAUAAAUGUAAAGACUCUGUAGGUCAUGUGAUGCAUAUCUCUCAUGACUGAUCAGGACCAGUAGAAACUGGCUCUCCUCUCAGUGGACUUCAGAAUGAGUGAGAGGAGGAGCGAAGGCCAGCCUCCAGUGGCCUUACACGCACCUUCCUCUGAAGGGACUGUUCAUGAUUAUAUUUCUUGCUUUGAUUUGAGUACUGUGAUUCAAAAGGAGAAAUGAUAUCUGGAGAGAGGAAUGGAGAACAUCCUCAUGGGCCUAAGAAGUAUACCUAACCGUCAAAGUGCAACAAGCACUUGAUAGAUUUUGUCUCAAUAAAUUUACUCUUUCGUGGGAAACACGACUGCCUUGGAAGACGA